GCCGGGAGCAGGCCUGCUGAGCUCUUGGGAAAGACGGGAGCAGAUGCCUGAUGCCUUAGCCCACCUGUGACCCCAGGUGGGGUGGUGAGGGUGCGGGCUGGAGGCCUCUCUCUGCCUCAGGGGACCCUGGAGGCCUGCAGGAUGGAGGGGUCGAGUAAGGAGAAGCUGGCAUCUGUGUCCGAUCUGGUGACUGUAUUUGAGAACAGCAGGGCGCCAGGAGCAGCGCCCGGGGCCCACCAUGCCGGGUGCAGGUCUCCCUCACCCAAGGGGCCGGGGGAGGCCCUGGAGUCCGGGCCCAGGACGGUCAGCAGGAGGUACCUGAGCUCCCUGAAGAACAAGCUGUCCAGUGGGGCCUGGAGGAAAUCUUGCCAGCUCAGCAGCUGCCCCGAGCCAGGGACACAGGAGCCUGAGAAGAGGAUCGUCCAGGAGCUGCUGGAGACUGAGCAGGCCUACGUGGCCCGUCUGCACCUGCUGGACCAGGUGUUCUUCCAGGAGCUGCUGGAGGAGGCCCGUAGCAGCAAGGCCUUCCCCGAGGACGUGGUCCGGCUCAUCUUCUCCAACAUCUCCUCCAUCUACCAGUUCCACGCGCAGUUCUUCCUCCCAGAGCUCCAGCGGCGGCUGGAUGACUGGUCAGCCACCCCCCGCAUCGGGGAUGUGAUCCAGAAGCUGGCCCCCUUCCUGAAGAUGUACAGUGAGUAUGUCAAGAACUUUGAGCGAGCCGCGGAGCUGCUGGCCACCUGGACUGACAAGUCUCCCCGCUUCCAGGAGAUUCUCACUCGAAUUCAGAGCAGGGAGGCCUCGGGCAGCCUGACCCUGCAGCACCACAUGCUGGAACCUGUGCAGAGAAUCCCACGCUACGAGCUGCUGCUCAAGGAGUACGUCCAGAAGCUGCCAGCCCAGGCCCCGGACCGGGCUGAUGCCCAGAAAGCCCUUGACUUGAUCUUCUCAGCCGCGCAACACUCCAACGCAGCCAUCAAGGAGAUGGAGCGGCUGCAGGACCUGUGGGAAGUGUACCAGCGCCUGGGCCUGGAGGACGACAUCGUGGACCCCUCCAACGCUCUGCUCCGCGAGGGCCCCGUGCUCAAGAUCUCCUUCCGCUGCAGAGACCCCACGGAGCGCUACCUUUUCCUGUUCAACAACAUGCUGCUCUACUGCGUGCCUAGGGUCAUCCAGGUGGGCGCCCACUUCCAGGUGAGGACCCGCAUCGACGUGGCCGGCAUGAAGGUGCGGGAGCUGAGUGACGCGGAAAGCCCCCCUGUCCCCCCUUUAACGACUCUCUUGCCCCCUCCCCAGGCCUGCCAAGCAGCUAUUGACCAAAUCGAGAAACGGAAUGAAACCUUCAAGGCUGCGGUGCAGGGCCCCGAGGGAGCGGCCCAGGGCCAGGAGCUGCAGUCGGAGGAGCUGGGCCUGCGGGCGCCACAGUGGGUCCGGGACAACAUGGUGACCAUGUGCAUGCGCUGCCAGGAGCCCUUCAACGCCCUGACGCGCCGCCGCCACCACUGCCGGGCUUGCGGCUACGUGGUGUGCGCGAGGUGCUCCGACUACCGGGCUGAGCUCAAAUAUGACGCCAACAGGCCCAACCGCGUCUGCCUCCACUGCUACACCUUCCUCACCGGCCACGUGCUCCCUGAGGACAAGGAGGACAAGAGGCGGGGCAUCCUGGAGAAGGGGUCCACGGCGGGGGCCGAGCGGAGCCUCAUGGGCAGCUUCCUGCAGCUCGUCGGGGACAAGUGGGGCAAGAGCAGCAGCCGGGGCUGGUGUGUGAUCCCCCGGGACGACCCCCUCGUGCUCUACAUCUAUGCGGCCCCCCAGGACAUCCGGGCUCACACCUCCAUCCCCCUGCUGGGCUACCAGGUGACCACGGGGCCCCAGGGGGACCCCCGAGUCUUCCAGCUGCAGCAGUCCGGCCAGCUGUACACCUUCAAGGCCGACACCGAGGAGCUGCGGGGCCGCUGGGUGAAAGCCAUGGAGCGGGCGGCCAGCGGCUGGAGCCCUGGCGACCCCGAGGACUGGUCUCUGAGUCUGCAGAGCGGAACUCCUGCCACUGCCCAGCACGCCCCACUGCAGCACACCCCACUGCAGCACGCCCCACUGCAGCACACCCCACUGCAGCACGCCCCACUGCAGCACGCCCCACUGCAGCACGCCCCACUGCAGCAUGCCCCUCUGAGGGAUCUCAUUCUCCUUGAGACCAUGGCUGUGGAGACCGUGGCCGUGGAGACCGUGGCCGUGGAGACCGUGGCUGUGGAGACCGUGGCUGUGGACCACGCUGGCUUUGCUCACCUUCACGUCCUCAGAGCCUGA